CCCUCCCAAUAAACAAAUCGAUCCCCCCCAUCUCUCUCUCUCUCUAAAAUCUGAAUUCUCUCUUCAGGAUUCGAUUUUCAAGCUGAGUUAUAUCAAUCAACCAUCAAAUCAUGUCUCUGAGGCCGAGCGCGAGGACUGAGGUUCGCCGGAACCGUUACAAGGUGGCCGUCGAUGCCGACGAAGGGAGGCGGCGGAGAGAGGACAAUAUGGUCGAGAUCCGUAAGAAUAAGAGAGAGGAGAACUUGCUUAAGAAGCGUCAAGUGCUACCGUCGUCACAGCUGUUGUCUGGUGGUGCUCCAGUUCCAACCUCCACCAUCGAGAAAAAGUUAGAGAGUCUUCCUUCUAUGGUUGCUGGAGUAUAUUCAAAUGAUAACAAUAUGCAGCUGGAGGCAACUACUCAGUUCCGUAAAUUGCUUUCGAUAGAAAGGAGCCCGCCAAUUGAGGAAGUUAUACAAUCUGGGGUGGUACCUCGCUUCGUCGAGUUCUUGAUGAGAGAGGAUUUCCCACAGCUUCAGUUUGAGGCUGCUUGGGCACUCACAAACAUUGCUUCUGGAACUUCUGAGAAUACAAAGGUUGUAAUUGAUCAUGGGGCGGUCCCAAUUUUUGUCAAACUUCUUGCUUCCCCAAGCGAUGAUGUGCGAGAGCAGGCUGUUUGGGCAUUGGGAAAUGUUGCUGGUGAUUCCCCCAGGUGCCGGGAUCUUGUUCUUGCUCAAGGUGCUUUGCUUCCGUUGCUGGCUCAGUUAAAUGAGCAUGCUAAGCUUUCUAUGCUGAGAAAUGCCACAUGGACGCUGUCAAAUUUCUGUCGGGGGAAACCACAGCCUCCUUUUGAGGAGACAAGACCAGCACUUCCAGCCCUUGAGCGGCUUGUUCAUUCAAAUGAUGAAGAGGUGCUGACAGAUGCAUGCUGGGCUCUCUCUUAUCUCUCUGAUGGUACAAAUGACAAAAUUCAAGCUGUGAUCGAGGCUGGUGUCUGCCGACGUCUUGUUGAGCUCCUCCUUCACCCAUCUCCCUCAGUACUCAUUCCUGCACUUCGAACUGUUGGGAACAUUGUAACUGGUGAUGAUGUUCAAACUCAGUGUAUUAUUGAGCAUGGUGCACUCCCAUGCUUGCUGAGCUUGUUGACCCAUAACCAUAAGAAGAGCAUCAAGAAAGAAGCCUGCUGGACAAUCUCAAACAUCACUGCUGGAAACAAAGAACAAAUACAGUCUGUAAUCGAGGCUGGGUUAAUUGCUCCCUUGGUCAAUCUGCUUCAGACAGCUGAAUUUGAUAUAAAGAAAGAGGCUGCUUGGGCAAUAUCAAAUGCCACUUCUGGUGGUAGUAAUGAACAGAUCAAGUACUUAGUGAGUCAGGGGUGUAUCAAACCGUUGUGUGAUCUCCUUGUAUGUCCCGAUCCGAGGAUUGUGACCGUGAGCUUAGAAGGGCUUGAGAACAUCUUAAAGGUAGGAGAAGUUGAGAAAAACUCGGGCAACUCUGGAGAUGUUAAUUUCUAUGCUCAGUUGAUAGACGAUGCAGAAGGAUUAGAAAAGAUUGAGAACUUACAGAGUCAUGACAAUAAUGAAAUUUAUGAGAAGGCUGUUAAGAUUCUUGAGACAUAUUGGUUGGAAGAGGAAGAGGAGCCUGUAGCUGAUGGUGCACAGCCUGGCUUCAACUUCGGUGGAAGCAAUGUUCAAGUUCCCUCUGGUGGAUUCAACUUUAGCGGCUGAAAAGGGCGUUCUCGAGAACAAGUCAAAAGUAUGUCGGUCGGUUGGCGUCAAAGGUCAAGUCUGGUCAGGUCAGGUGGAGUCGGGUCGGUCAGGUCAGGUCAUAUAAUGGUGGUCCAGGUUCAAUAAAGGAAGGGGUUGUCGGAGAUGGAUUUAUUUUGUAGUUACGGAAAGGUCUGUGGGUGGGGUGGGGCAAUUGUUUGGUUCUUUUUACCUCGAGCCGUUGAAUGUUUUGGAACAAUGUUCGAGGUUGAAUGGCGUCUUUAUUUUCUGAAUGUUUAUUUUGUUGGGUAGCUCGGUUGUUUGUUGUACCGUGUUGGGGCAUCUCUCUUUUUGUAUUAAUGGGGGUAGUGAGUGUAUAUUCAUGUCAACUUAUCCUACUGUAAUGGUAAUAUUUAUAUUUUUUGGUUUCUCUUA